AGGUAAUUGCCAAUCUGUACCAUGGGUCAAUCACUUCCGCCAGACAUGGUUAUGUUGACCAGUGGUCACGUGAUGUCUAGAAUAUUUGUAAAGGAAGAUGACGCAUUGGAUUAAAAAAGUACUUAAUCUUUUAUUGUGGAGUGGGCUUGUGAACGAAGCAUUGGAUUAUCAAAUAUCACCUAGAUUGGUGAUCAAUUUAUUCUACUUGGUCAUCGUUUUGACAUUUGUUGCAGUGAAAUUAACUCAAAUUCCAUUUCAAGAACUAUCAUCCUACACAAUCAUUGGUGUUUAUUCUUAUUUUUCAAAUAUUGCUAUUUUUUUGCCAAAUAUCGAUGACAUUGGAGUUGUGCACUCUCCCGAAAUUUUCAUGGACGGGGAUAUCAAUUCUCUACAAAUGUUUGGCGUAACUUUAUUAUUUUCCUGUGAUGGUUAUAAAAGCUUCUUCAUUUGGAUAAGUUGUGUUAUGGUUUUAUCUUACGCUAUUCAUAAAAUGAAUCAAAAAGAGGAAAAUGGAGAAAGUUCGGAGAGAAACGAGAGUUAUCGCCCUUUCCAUAUACUAUUCGUCACCUGGUUUUUGCUAACAUUAUUUUAUACUUUCUCAAUUCUUAAUUCAUUAUUUAGUGCCAUCUUAAUUUUGUUGAGUAGUGACACGUUUUGGAGGAAUUUAUCGCUGAGUACUCAACAUUCUACAUUAUUUUUAAACAUAGCCUGGCAAAUGUAUGUCUUUCGAGUUGUAAUAUUUUCAAUAACUGUCUUCAAUAUAUAUUUAAACGUAUAUCCGAAUGUCUAUUCCAGUUUUAAAUUGACAGCUAUUGCAGUCAUAGUUUUAUUCAAAUUUUAUCAUGACUCUACUGUGAAAAUACUAGAGAUAUUUGACAGAAAAGUACGUAUAUCAGCUUAUACUCAUCCAGUUCCUAUUAGCCAAUUACAACGAAACUCCGAUCCAUGUCCAGUUUGUUUAUCUCCAAUGACAUCUGCAAAUAUCACACGGUGUAAACAUGUGUUUCAUGAAAGUUGUUUAGAAUUGUGCUUGCAAAGACAACCUUCAUGUCCAGUAUGUCGACAAAUAUUAAAUAAAUGAGUAAAAUUCUG